GACCCGGCUGCAGAGAGGGAAGAGCGAGAGAGCGAGAGAGCGAGAGAGCGAGAGAGCGAGAGAGAAAAGUGACGGGGGAUCACCGAUCGGUGGCAGUAACGAUGGCGGCGAGUUAUGAUUUUGGAGAGGAAGAGUUUCAGGCAUGUUGUGGAAGCUCCAAAUUCGCCAGAGAAAUGGUUUCCGUUUCCCCUUUUUUCUCCUUGGAACAAGCUGUAGAUGCAGCUAGACGCAUCUGGUUUAAUCAGGUCGAUGUGAAUGGUUGGCUGGAAGCAUUCUCUGCUCAUCCACAGAUUGGUCAAGCCUCCAAAUCAUCCAAUCAGACGAGUGCUCAAUGGAGUAAGGGAGAGCAGUCAACUGCACUGGCAACUGCUACUGGUUCUAGCUUACAGGAGCUAGCUGAAUGGAAUAUUCAGUACCAGAAAAAGUUUGGAUUUAUAUUUCUUAUUUGUGCAUCUGGAAGGAGCACCGACAAAAUACUUGCAGAAUUAAAGAAACGGUAUUCAAAUAGACCCAUAAUUGAGUUUGAGAUUGCUGCUCAAGAGCAAAUGAAAAUAACAGAACUGCGUCUUGCAAAGCUUUUCUCGACGAAACAAAACGUCUCUUCAACAAAGGAGAGCUAUCCUCCUGCUUUUGCACGAAAAGUAGAAGAAGAUCGUGUGAGCAUUAUCGGAGGGCAUCUAAGUACUGUGUCUGGAGCUUCAACUGGAAAAACAUUACAAACUUUAACCCGAACUCGACCACCAAUUACAACCCACGUGUUGGAUGUCGCACGAGGAUCUCCAGCUGCAGGUAUUGACGUUCGUUUGGAAAGGUGGAUAGGUACUCAACCACGCCCCUUAUUCGGUGAGGUCGAUGUUGGUGGCUGGGCACUCGAAGGGUCUUCAGCAACAGAUAAAGAUGGCAGAAGUGGCCAAUUGUUGAGCAUGGUUGAAGCUAUAAACCCAGGAAUAUACAGAAUAAGCUUCAACACAGGUAAGUAUUUCCCAGCUGGGUUCUUCCCGUACGUUUCUAUCGUGUUCGAAAUCAGGGAAUCCCAGAAGCUGGAACACUUCCAUGUCCCUCUCCUGCUUUCACCAUUCUCAUUUUCCACCUAUCGUGGAAGCUAGUAGUUCACUGUUCAUAUGACUGCAUUUCUGUCAUGCAUCUUGAUGUCCUUCGGAUUCUGGCAAGGGUUGAAUAAAGCAACGUCGACCGAUACUAAACGAUGUUGAAUGUAUCGAAUGCUGUAUUACAUGGAAAAACUCUGCAAAUUACCUCAUAAAUAUGAAGAGAUCGUCGACAGGGACCCGAACUUAAAUCUAUCUAUAGUGUAUAAAACUAGUAGCAGUUUCAGUUUUUGAUUAAAAGAUGGGCCUUGGUUGGAAAAAUGUCUGUUAAUUCUGUCUGUAAAUUUCAUAAAACCAAACUGAUUGCCUAAUAAUUUGGAGCUUUGCUAGAAGGGUUUGCCAAUCUA